CGUCGUCGUUUGCGUGUGCCCAUCCAAGUGUUUCUCUGAUUGCGAUUCAAGGCACUUUGGCGGCCACUGGCAGACACGCAUCCAGUGCUGAAAAGUGCCACUUUAAGUGAAUAUCCGCGAUUGAUCUUGGGCGAAUGAAUGGGUGAAGUUGCAAUCGGGUUGCAGUGAUACUUGAUUGCUCUGAUGGAAAUGUAUUAGUGUAAAACGGCAGCCCUGAAUCAACAAACAAAACAUGUUAUUAUGCUACGCGUUCCACCCACACUAGCGCACGCCUACUGUGUCUCUCCCGUAACACCGCCCAACACACACACCGGCGCUCUAUAGCAUGAAAUGUUGCAAUUGUUUCCUUGGUGAUUUCGUCGGCAUAUGGUGGGAUGAGCCCAAGUUGAACCGUCAUUCGUCUAGAGAGUGCUUUAAUAUUUAAUGAAAUGACUACUUUUUACAUUUGUUAAUAUCGAUCUAUGGCGUGAAUCGCAGCAAGACCGUCUAUGUUGCUGCUGCAGCAGCAUGUGUUUGUAGAAGGUAGAUAUCCCAGUCAGUGGAGAAGUGGAAGAAGUGCACGGCAAAAAUAAAGAAAAAAGUCGCUCGUGGAGUGGGAUUAAACGUUCGCGAAGAAGAAACAAGAUUAACAACCACAACCACAGGCGCGGCUUAGCGAUGCAGCAAAGUGUAAACGUGUUGAAUGAAGGUUCUAAUCCCACGGAAGCAAGAAAUGGCAACGAUAUCGAUCUGCUGCUGAGCGGCGGUGGCGGCGACUCUUUCCAACGCAACAACUUUGACGACAGUGUUAGAAAUACUAGCAGCAGCACAGUCGCGAGUGAUAAAAAUAUUCGACCUGCCUCGCUGCCAAUUAAGAAAUGCUUCAAUUAUACGGAGGAAGACGCCGUUGGUAGUGGUAGUGGUAAAGCUGACGAUGAAUUCGAGCUGAAUCAGUCGCAAGCCGAGGCGGCAUUCCUGAGUCCGAGCGAAGGUCACUUUUUCAAGCGCUAUGCAGAAGUGUCCAAAUUUAGCAGGAAAGACAACAACGCAGCAGACUGCCCCGCGAAGAAUCGUCGAAGGUCGGAUACGUCGUUUAUGCUAGCAAAACAGAGGUUGUCCUCGUUCAGCACAACCGGCUGCGGAGUCGGAGGUCAGCAAGAAGCUAAUGCCGAGACAAUGGACGACGACCUGGCUCCACUGCUGCCCAGCAAACGCGAACUCUCGCAAGAGGAUAUCUAUCAUUCCCAGACGUCGCUGGUGUCCAGCUCCGAAGGGGGAAUCCUCGCCGAAGGCGAAGAAACCUCCAGCGAGGACUCGCAGGUGUCGGACGGCAACUCGUCGCGCAGUCCCGCCUGCGUGCUCGGCCUCGUCGAGCGGCUGCUGCGGACGCAUCCGGUUUGGUUCCUGCCCGGGAUACAGCGCUCCGGUGCGGUGCAUCUGCUGCAGGGAAAGGAGGAAGGGAACUUCAUCGUUCGUGGCUCCAGUCAGUCCAAAACGAUGGCCGUAUCGGUGCGUCUCCCGGUGGACACCGGACCGUAUAUCGAGCACUACUUAAUCCAGUCCAACGACGGGCAGCUCAGUUUGGAGAGUUCGCGCUUCAAGUUUGAAUCCAUUCCAUCGUUGAUUGCCCACUACUCGCAGUGUUGUGAUGAACUUCCCGUUCAACUGUGUCUUCCGAAGGCGCUGAGAGAGGCCAAAAACCGACAGCAGCUCUCCUCGCUGGCCCUGUUGGGUCAGGAGUUUUGGCGAUACCCGAUGGCAUCGCCAAAGCCGAAAACCGUACUAUCUGCCAACUCUAGUCAUCUGAACACGCCCUCGGAUGCCACGCAGUCCAGUGGCAUCGGGUUGACGUUCAACAAGCAAGUGCAUGCGAAUUUUAAUCAUUUUGGAGGCCAGGAGGCCAACACCAGCUUCAUCGGUCCGGGGGAAACUCCCACGGACACCAUAUCAACGCUGAGCAGCUUCACCGUCGGACCUGGCCAGCAGCUGCUGAGUCCGGAAUCGAUUGACAGUGCUGUGGUAAUUUCCCCCACUGACCCGAAUCAAACGGGCAUCAUAGGGAAAACGAGUACUUUCAAGUCGAAACGCCCGCUACCGUCACCCGGUGUGGCGUCGUACGACGUUGAGAAGCAGAUCGAUCUACUUAACGCAAACCUGUUCAGCUCCAGCAGUAGUGACCAUGAACUGAAGAUAAGCCAGCUGAACGAAGUCAUCCAUACUAGCACGUUGGAGCGGCAGUUGAAAACGCCACGACCAACACCGCCGAAUACGCUGAACAUUAAGCCAAUUCGGAGUCCACCGGCACCUCCGGCGAGACGGCUGAAGCCACCGAGUGCGGCUAGCACCCCGAACGAACCGAACCAGCUGUUUUCCAACAAUAUUACGGUGACCACAACGGUGACCUUCAGUGUCGACAAUCACACAAAUGCGCAAAUCAUCGAGCUGGUCUCGCCGGCCGAGAAUAGCAAGAAUUUUACAACGUUCCAGUCUACGGCGGCUCGUCUUCCACCGGAUGGAGAGUGCCACGGAGGUUCUCUCGUAAAGUCCCACGAAAUAAUCGAGUCGGAGUCUUUGUCGAAUAUGAUGGCCAUUCAGUCGCCGCUUUGCAGCAGCAAUAACGGAAACGGACUGUCGUUCCGCAAGGUUCCUAAAACUGCAGAAUCCAGCUCCAGUUUCGCCCACACUAACCGUACUAGCAGAAGAAGCAAACGAAUGGAGUCGAAACACUAUCAGGAAUCGGAUAUUCUGGAAUCUCCCUCAGUGUACUGUCGAAGCAAUCUUGGUGAUAAAAUUAGUGACUAUGAAGAUAUCUGGACUCAGGACAACAACGGCAACACAACGUUGGUUAAGGUGGACAAGGUAUCCACCUUUAAGCCAGCAGUAGACAAAUCUGUAAAUCUGUUGUCACCAGUGGCACACACCCCGGUGGCAGAUCCUCCGGGGGCGUUCAGUGACUUUCCCAAAACACCGAUCCUCUCGUCGUUCAGCACGGAAAGUGUCCAUCUGAGACACCACUACAGAGAUGCCAGCAGUGACCGCAGCACUCCAACCGAGCAGCACAGGAACACGGUGCUGAAAACCUUUUCGCCGACUCCAACUCCAACUCAGGAAAAGCCUUUGCACAAUCCCAUGCUGGAACCUCGCUACAGGAUGGGAUUGUGUUUCCCAAACGUAACGAAUCGAUGUGACUUGAACGGGAAUGAUAACCGGAACGAUAUGUCUCCGGUGAAUGUUGGUAUCCUUCCUGCCAGCAAACAGGACAGUCCGUUCUACGCCGAUCCAGCGGACGUCCUGAACAGUAUCAUUCGGAGAAGUCCGUUCAACAGGUCGACGAUGCUUCCAAACAAUCAGCGCCACUCGGAACCGCCCAAGCAGCUUCUUUCGGGCAUUGAUUCACAGUCCCCUCUCCCGUGGGCCGCGAUCGAGCAGGACGCAAGGUACAAGAAUCAACUGGCGGCAUCGCUGGACGAGCUGAAGAAUCCCAGACACGCCCCGCAGCCCAAGUUCGUAGACAAGUUGCACUUUGACCGGCUGUCACUCGAGCAAACCGAAGCCAACGACUACGACAAUGACUUGCGCUGGAUGACUGAUCAAACAAAGUCUGAUGCGGCGAUCCAGAGGAAUGUCAAAAUAUUGACCCAGGGCCAAGAGCUGCUAGCUGAUAACCGAACCGUAACAGUACAUCAAAUAAUUGCCAAACGAUUGCCGCAUCUCGAUUUGCCAGAGCUGCCAGCGGCAAAUGGAGGCACCAGCGUAUACCCUGACGAGUCCAAAAACACCGUAGAAAACGGAUCGGGUACCUUGACCCGCCCGCAGCGAAAAUCUGCCUACGAUAAUGUGGAGAAACAUGGUGCAGGAUACGCAUCGUCCCUGAUCAACAGUGCCCAGUCCGACGAUGGAACCGUCUUCUCCGAACCCUGGGACAGUUCUCAAUGGGACAGCUUCCUACCUCAGGACAGCAACGCCGCCGACACGAUUCCGAUUGGCGACGGGCAGCAGGCAGGUAAAUCGUGCGACCGGUACGGAUCUCGGAACGAGUUGUCCUCGUACAACAGUCUUUCGUUGCGGCGGGAGGUGCGCGUGAAGAAGUCGAGCCCAUCGCAGAAGGUGGCGACCAUUUUGCGGUCGAGAAGCUGCCGGGAUCGGGAGAUAUUAUGCCACCCUCGCAAUAAGACUGUUUUCAGCGGACCGGGCGAAACGAUCGGUACUUACGCGCUGUCGUUGGCCGACGACACGGAGUCGACCUUCUCGCGGAAUAUAUCAAACUUCAUAUCAUGCACCAAAGAGUCCAAGGCGGCACCGCAGGUCGUCAUGCGCAACAUGCGGCAGUUUAUGAGCGGGAUGAAAAACUAUCUGGUGAAGCACGGCGAGGGUGAGUUCGCCAACGAGGUCCAGAAGGCGCGAUCGCAGCUCAAGUCGGACGAGUUCCUGAACCUGGACUCGAUCCUGGAGGAGGUGAUGCAUCGGCUGGUGAUUUUGCCGCUGCGCGAACAUCUGUACGGGCUGUUUGUGGAUUAUUACACCCAGUCCGGGGACAUCCAGGUGCUGGUGGAGAAGGUGAAGCAGGCAUCCGGUCGGGGACCUGCGGUGUUCGGGAUUAAGAACACCGUCAUCCCGCCAAGUGCGAGCGCGUUACGCCAGAUCUCCGCCCUGUUUGUCCGUCUUCAGGAAACGGAACUACCGCUGGAAAAGCUCGAUCUCCUCCUCACAGCGGUGUCUGCCAUCUUCGAGUCCACCGCCAGCAGUAUAGGCCAGCAGCUCAGCGCGGAUGACUUCCUGCCCGUGCUCGUACUGGUCGUGGCCCAUUGUGGUUUCAUCGGUGCCGAAAUCGAAGCCGAGUACAUGUGGGGACUGAUUCAGCCGUCGCUACUCAGUGGAGAAGCCGGGUAUUACUUGACCGCGCUGUGCAGCGCCGUGCACGUGCUGAAGAACUUUUCCCUGCACGAUCACGAAGGAAUCGCUGGGUCGAUGGAGUGGGUGUCGUCAACGCUUCCGGAAUGUUCGUCGGUGCUGCGUGUCAUCAUUCCGGAUGAGUACAACGGGUCCAUUCAGACGCGAACGCUUCCCAUUCGGCCGCACACAACCACGAGGGAGGUCUGUCGAAUCAUUGCUCACAAGGCGAGAAUUACCAACGCUCAGGAUUACGGACUGUUCAAGCUGAUCGAUGGAGAAGAAACUCUUCUACAAGACAACGAGUGCCCCCAGGACGUGCGCAUGGCGGCCUGCGGAAAGCACUGCAUGAUAGCCUACAAGCGGGUGGACGCGAAAAUCGCCUGGCCUACUGUUAUGCCAACGACUCUGACUGAUAACCAAUAGCACUACGGAUAAAAGUUUCCAAAAGUAACAAGUUUUAUUUAUUCGAUUCAUGCACAGAAAAAAAAAGAAGGAAUGGUUUCGUAUGCCGCAAAACAAUAGCAGAUAACUGUGACAAUUAAGAAAAUAUAUAUAUAUAUUCAUAUAUUUAUUUUUACCGAUAAUAUAAUUUCCAUCUGUAAUAGCUUUUUGUUAAUGCUUGCUAAUGAAGUACGAUAAUUUUGUCAAUUUUAUUGGCUCAACACGUGUAAUCGAGCCCCCAACAAAAAUACGAGAGACAUAGCUAUGAAAUUCUAAGAAGGACUGAAUCAUUUCGUAAAUACACUUCAAAUAUACCUGCUAUCGAGUUGUGUGAUUAAAACAUCGAAAUUUCGCUUAGCUUAGUCCCACACUAAUUAUACCAGGACAAAGUAAUUCCGAUUAUAAUAUUUUUGCAACAUCCCACAAGCAGAGUGAAAAAAUGUCCUGUCAUUUAUCUAACCGUAUAAUAUAAUCAUUUCACAUCUAAGCAUUUUUAAAGUCAUUGUCAGGAACUG